AUGGAAGCAGCAAAAAGACAACAACAACAACAACAGCAACAACAGCAGUUGCAAUUACAGCAACAACAACAGUUGCAGCAACAGCAGCAGCAACAACAACAACAACAUCAAUUACUACAACAACAAUUACUUAAAAGACAAAUCAAAGAUACAGUAACCAACAAUAUAUUUGAGUUUCAUAUGAAAUGUAAAUCUCUAUUUGAAGCAUUCAACCAGAUAACAGGAGGAACUCAACAACAACAACAGUUACAACAACAACAACAACAAAAUCUACAAAUACAACAACCUCUACAAAGAUUGGUAGAUGUUGAUAAAAUAUAUCAAAAAUCACUUAAACAAUUAGAACAACAUUUAAUAUAUCAAAAAGAAAUAGUUGACAUUCAAAAAGAGAUUAUAGAAAAGGACAAGGUGAUCAUGGAGAUGGCGACGACACUGAAAUCAUUGGAAAAGACGUUGGAAGAGGACAUUGAAGAGUAUGGAGCUAAAAAGACAAAGGGUGAUGAAAGGGAGGUAUAUCCAGAAGACUUGAUUAGUUAUGCACACAAGAUUAGUGGGACGACUAGUGCACCGUUUGGAUAUCAACCACAUUUGGCAUUGAUACCUCUUUAUAAACCACCUGCACCACAAGAAGAGAUGAUGCGUGCCUCUGUAUUAUUUCAAAAAUUACCGCUCAACCUAUUACGAUUCUAUGGCUUGGCUGAAAAGGAUUUGGUGGUUCCAUUGGCAACUCCUCCUUCCAUGUCAUCGACAUCGGCAAAAGAAGGUGACACUAAUAUAUCACCGGCAUUAUUAGCAUCAUCAUCGACGACACUAGAUACAAUACCUCCUAUAGGAUCAAUGGAAAAGGAUCUACUUGGUCAAUCAAGAGAUAGCAACAAUAGCAACAACACAGAGACACAGUUACCAACACUCCAACCAAUUGUACAAAUUACCACUCCACCAACCAGACAACCACAACUUAUACCUGCUACUAUAGAUUUGGAUCUAAACCCAGAUAUGGAUGAUUCAGAUGAUGACGAUGACGACGAUGAAGAAUCUGAUGAAGCAAGUGAAAAUGAAGAAGUUGAAUGGGAUUAA